AUGCCGUUGGAAACUGGUGGCAAAGGUGAUGCUGAAGAAGCUGACACGAUUCUGCCCGCCAGCCAUUCAGACAGAUUAAGAAAACAUCAGGCCAUGGUAAAGUGUGACGUUUGCGGUGAAAAGUUUUCCCCUGCUGACAUGCAGUCCCACAGAAAAAUACACACCGGCAAAAAACCGCAUGUGUGCAUUUAUUGCAAUGCACCAUAUAACUCACGAAUAAAGCUCAUGAUUCACGUGAAGAACCACAAUGGUGAGCGAACUUUCAAAUGUGAUCUGUGUGAAAAAGUGUGUUUAUCAAAAAAACUUCUUAAUCGCCACCUGGAAAGUCAUAGUCAGAAAAGACCGUUUCAGUGCCAAAUUUGCAAUAGAAAUUUCAAGCGGCAGUACGAAGUGACAAAACACAUGAAAAUUCAUAAAGGAGAGAAAAAAUUCGUGUGUGAUGUUUGUGGAUACGCAACAGUUCACAAAGGAUGUCUGGAAACUCACCAGAAAAGACAUUUGGGAGAAUUCUUGUAUCAGUGUGAAGAAUGCAGUAAGGGAUUUUAUGCGAAAUCGGAUUUCCUUGCUCAUAAAUUGUCUCACAGUGGGGAGCGAAUGUAUAUGUGCGAUGUGUGUGGAAAAGCAUACGUAUCCAAAAAUAGUUUGUUAGCGCAUCAAAAGACUCAUAGGUCGAAAGUAAAACCUCCGGAAAAGUGUUUUGAAUGUGUUACUUGCCACAAAACUUUUAGUGCGCGGAAAUAUCUUGCCUCUCACGCUAGAACGCAUUCCGGGGAAAAACAUCUGUGUGAUUUCUGUGGGAAAGCGUUUUCCAGUAAGGACACACUCAAGAUACACAGACGAAAUCACACAGGAGAAAAACCUCACACUUGUAGUGUUUGUGGAAAAUCUUUUACCUUAUUGUACGCUUUGAAAGUUCAUCAAUUAAUUCACACCGGUGAAAAACCACAUACCUGUGAUAUCUGUAAAAAAUCAUUUACUCAAAAAUCUACAUUAAUCUCAUACUGGUCAGAGACCUUACGAAUGCAAUAUGUGCAACCGAGGGUUUGUGUCCAGAUCGUUACUGAAUUCCCAUUUAAAAGGCCAGAAAUGUGUUAUGUUAAAAUGAAGAAUACAUGUUUCCAAAUUGAAAGAUGUAACAUCUCUCUUUCUCUUCUUUGUGUUAUACUAGACUCAAAAUAA